UGCCAUUUUGCUUUCGAUUGUGGAGCGUACUGUGGGAAAACUUGUUAAAAUGUCGAAAGUCGUGAGUACCAAACAGCAACUAGAAAGGCUAGUUGCAUUAAUGGAAGAGAAUCCACAAUUUGCAAAAGGGAUUUGCAACAAAGUACAUGCAGCGAAAAAAUGGGAAGAAUUCACAACGGAGCUGAAUUGCUUGGGACCACCAAUUAGAACGGCAGCAAAAUGGAUUAAGGUAUGGGCUGACAUGAAGUCAAAAGCGAAAAAAAAAAUGUCCCAAAACAAAGCUGAGCUCCGAGCAACAGGUGGGGGCCCUAACAAACUUCAGGGACUUUCAAGUACCGAAGAAAGCAUAAUCGGUUUGCUGCAAUUUGAUGUCUGCAUAAAUCCGCCUGGGGUGGAAUUUGGCCUGGAUACAACUACCAGUGACCAGUUCACAGUUUUGUCCGCGUCAAAUCCUAGCCCAGAGCUUCUGGUCCAAAACUAUGAGGAAAGUGAAGUCGAUUUAAAUUUAAAUGUUCACGAGGAGCCAGCAGAAAAAACCAGAACAAACAAAAAGUCUCAAAAAGCAGAGAGAUUGAGGUUACUGGAGUUGCAGACUGAUGGCCAAAAACAAUUUUAUGAACAAAUGAUAUCUACAUUGCACAAAAUCAAGCAAAGUGCUGCAGAAACAGCGGAAUACUCAAAAAAAAAUUAA